GCAUCGUCGGAAGUGCCCGUUUGGCGCUGGACUUGGCAGGACUACUCAAAUUGGAGAUUGGCCAAGAUAUGUCGAAAUAGAGGCAUGCUGUGAAUGGACGGAUCAUUUAUCCUGCUAUUAUGGUGCCAUUCGUUGUCUCAUCAUGGAAUACUUAAGGGCCCUAUCACCCGCGUUAUCUCACCAGAUUUCAGCAGCACAUGUUCUUGACAGUCACCGAGUAAAGUGUACGGUUAAAUCUGGUUCACCAUGGUUUCACAUAUCCUUCCUGUUGCCGCCCUCGCCGGCGCUGCUAUGGCUGCUUGCCCUCUCUCCGUUGAGCUUACUGGCGCUACCGGACAUGUUGCUCAAGUGGCCGUGACAAAUACCGCCAACGAGGCCAUCACCGUCUUCAAGGGUAACACUGUUCUCCUUGAUCAUGCCACUAAAGACUUCGUGGUGUCCGACGCCUCUGGCAAGGCCCUUCCUUUUGAGGGUAGCUUCGUCAAGUACCGAAAAACUGGUAUUGCCUCCAAGAUGUUCCAGACGAUCCAGCCAGGCGAGACAGUGAAUACUGAAGUCAACACGGCCACUACUUACCGCCUCGCUGGUGUUGCAGCGGCCAAGAUCAAUGCUUUACAGGGCUUCCACUAUGUGACGGGCAGCACCGCCCCCACGUCAUUGAAGGAGACGAAGUACUGCGAGGCUACUUCUAACACAAUGACCAUAAUUCCUGAUCAAAGCAAGGUUGCUGAAGAGCACCUAUUGGCCCGCGCCGAACCCGUCGUCAACUCGCGCAUUCAGAAGCGCAGCGUCAAGUACAGCUCUUGCAGCUCUUCGCAGACCUCGAGCUUGCAAACGAGCGUCAACGACGCUAUCUCCAUGUCUCGCGCCGCUGCAACCGCAGCUGGCACCUCGGCCGCUUAUUUCACUACCUGGUUUAAAUCAACCUCCGUAGCGUCUAAGGUCAAGAGCAUCUACACCGAUAUCACUGGCGUGCAGACGACCUCGCCCACAAUUUCUUGCACUGACACAUACCGUGGUUGCACUGACGGCUCUGCCCUAUUAUACACCGUUCCUUCAGCAAACGUGGUUGUUCCCUGUCCUAACAACGGAUACUGGGACUUCCCGGAGUUAGCAUCGAACUGUGCCGACGAUGAUUACGACAAGGGCGGCUCUAUCCUCCACGAAUUCUCCCAUCUUUACGGUACGGAUGACUACGCAUACGGCCAGGCUGCCGCCAAGCAGCUUUCGGCCUCUCAGGCGGCUGCUAACGCCGACACCUAUGAGAUUUACGCCGGUAGUGUACGUCUUGGUGGUUGCAGCAGCUAGAUAUAUUUCGAUAGGUAUAUACAAUAAGUUGUAUACAGGAUUUUCAAUUUGAAAAGUGUUAUUAGAGUAUAAUUCGUUCUGAAACACCCCCAUAGUCAUCUGUGAGCACGUAAGCCUGUAAAGUAUCGACCAGUCAACGAGCCUCAAAGACUAUGAAACAAGGCUUGGUGAAAAUAGU